AUGGAAAUGUUCAGAUACAUCAACUCUUCACUUCUCAUCAUUCAUCGUCCUCUGAACGCCUCCCAGGCCGAUCAGACCGUGUAUGCCACCUGUGCAGACAUGCCCGCGGCCAUCUUCUUCUACCUGGUGCUGCAGUUUAUUAACAUUUUCCUGGGCAUCCCGGCCAACAUCAUGGUUCUAUGGCUCAUUCGUAAUAAUAAGGGCGACUCGUCCACAUCAGACAUCUUCAUUGUCCAUUUGGCCGUGCUGGACACGUGUUUCUGUCUCAUUCCUCCUCUGGAAUUUGCAAACAUUGUCUAUCUGACCACCAACAGCACCUGGUAUGUCCUGCGCUUCUUCUAUGGCAUCAAAGACUCGUCGCCUCUCUUCUUGUCCUGUAUCUGUCUGGACAGAUAUAUGGCCGUCUUGCACCCUAUAACCUUCACCAAGCUAAAGGACAAAUGGCAUCGCUCUGUUUGCGCCUGCAUCGUUUGGCUCAUCACUUUGGUCUACACUGCGGCCAAGUGUGUAGGAAAAAUUCAGAAUUUCGAGAAAGCUUUCAACAUCAUGAUCCUCACCACGUUCGCCUUCAUGGUGUUCUGUAACAUCUCCAUCCUCUGGGCCCUUAGACAGUCAGCUAUGGGACGAGACGAGAGACACCCUGUCAAGAAAAAGGCCUUUAAGAUGGUGAUCAUCAUUCUGGCAAUCAUCGUAGUUAACUACUUCCCACCUGUGGCUCUCUUCCCAUUCCAGGUGUAUUUCUCUCCAGAUGUCUUCCGCUGCUAUAUUCACUACAUUGCCUUUGGUUUCAUGGACAUCAGCAGCAGCAUCCAGCCAGUUUUGUAUCUGUCCCGGGAGAAAUUCCCUGCGGCUCCGGUGUGCGGCUGUAGCUGCGUUGAGAAGAAAACUGAGCAUCCGAAUGCAAACAGUUCUCCACCUGUCUGA